CUUUGGAUAAAAUGUUGGACUUUGGAUUAAUUUUCAUUCAGUCCAGUGGAAAUCGAUGCAGAAAAAACCUAACAAUUCAAAGACCCCUGUGUUAUAUGUGAGAUCUCUCUAUAACGGAUAAUGUUUCUUCGGAUGCCGACAGGAUUAUGAGAUUGAAAAGCACAAUUUAUUUGGAUUAUCGGAACACUUCCUAAUUUACGCACGAAGCUGUUGAUGUUGGACAUAAAGAUGAAGGAAAUUUGUCGGAUCUGCGGCCGGGAGCUGUGCGGCAAUCAGCGCCGCUGGAUAUUUCACACUGCGUCCAAGUUGAACUUGCAGGUGGUCUUGUCACAUGUCCUGGGCAAGGAGGUCUCCCGAGACGGCAAAGCCGAGUUCUCCUGCAGCAAGUGUGCGUUUAUGUUAGAGCGCAUCUAUAGGUUCGACACCGUUAUCGCUCGGAUUGAAGCCCUCUCCAUUGAGCGCCUGCAGAAACUAAUUUUAGAAAAAGAUCGACUGAAGCAUUGCCUUGCUUGCCUGUACAAAAAGCACAACAUUGAGGAAGACAACGUGGAUACCAAACUUGGCGAGUGCACAGUGGAUAUUUCAACUCUACCCGAUUUGCAAUACUCUGCCCUUCUUCAGGAUGAUUUUGCAUAUUCUGGGUUUGAGUGUUGGACUGAAUUAGAUGACCUAAGCCCAGAGCAGCAACAUUGCCCGCAUACAGACAGUACAGGUGCCCGGCCAAGACGAUGCCGUGGUUGUUCAGCCUUGAGAGUAGCUGAUUCAGAUUACGAAGCCGUUUGUAAGGUCCCAAGGAAAGUGUCUAAAAGUAUUUCUUAUGGACCUUCCACUGGAUGUCCUGCCAGCGUGUUCAAUGAAGAAGCAACUGGGAUCCACCAGUCAUCUGGGGAUGUCGUAGAUGUCAAGGUGUCGGUGGAUGUUGACUGUGCUGAGAAAAUGUCUUCUGGCUCUUCUGUUGAGUCACUCCAAAAUAUCCCCGAAACUGUUCCUCAGCCUCGAAAAGAAGAGGAGGCAAUUAAAGCUGCUUCGGAUUAUUCCAGGUUGGACUGCUAUUCUGGUACCUCGGCUGUUUACCCAUCAAACUAUGGAAACAAGAUGGACAUUGCCAUGCAUUUGGUUAAAAUGUUUGACUAUAGGCCAGUUCAAAGCCCUAAAGGCAGCAGAAUACCCAUAAAAUCUCGCCUAACUGGCUUUAAGCCAACCAGCACGAUGACUAUUAGUCCUCCAGCCGUGCCACCCAUCGGGCUCGGACACCUUACCAGCAUUGCCGAGUCUCCUCCUACGAUCUCUCUUGAGUUUGCUGACUUUGAUGAUCCACAUCACUUAUGGCAAGAUAUAUAUGAGGAUUAUAUGCCACUCCGCACAGAGAAUCUGAUUGAAAAGCAGCACCAGGACACCGUGUUGCGUGUUUCUGCAGGCGAAGUCCACGUGCAGGAUCUUCAGAGAAAACUCCUGGAGACUGAAGCCACUAAUAAGAUCCUGCAGGAUAGUUUGAAUCAGGUGACGGAAGAUCUAAACUCUACACAAGAAUUAUCACACAAUCAGGAGAGCAUUAUCCAGACCCUUCAUGAAACCGUGCAAAGCAGAGAUAACGAGGUUGCGGAGUUGUGUCGUACGGUGGAGGAACAGAAUACAGCUAUCGCUAAGCUGCAGGAAAUGCUGUAUGAAAUCCAAAGGGAACAUUUCCAGGUUUCUCAGGUAAACCCAUCCCAACUCCAGGUUCUGGACCUGCAGAACGCCCUUUUCUGUGCCCAGAAUGAACUCCAAGUCUUGCAGCACUCUCUGAGGCAGAAGGAUCGAGAGAUAACGGACGCCAAGCGUUCUCAGCGUUUAUUGGAAGCUGACCUUCUGGCAGGACAGAGGCAGAAGGAAACGUCAUGGAAACACAAUCAGGAGCUUCACGGCACACUACACAAACUGCAGGCAGAACUUCAAGAGAAGAACCAGCAACUUCAGAGUUUGGAAGAGGAGAAAUGCAGAGAACGUUAUACCCAGGAACACACUAUUCAGUGUCUGAACCAGACUCUGUCCCAGAAGGAGCGUGUGCUGCAGGAGUACACGGACCUCUUGGAGUAUCAGCAAGGCUUGGAGAAAUGUCCCGGAAGUAAUGAGCAUCUGUUGGAGAAGCUACGUCAGAGGAUCAAGGAGAGAGAUGCUGCUUUAGAGCACGCAGUCGAUGCCAAAUUCUGUGCUUUGGAAGAGAAGGAGAAGGAGAUGCAGCAACUAAAAAUGGUCGCACGGGAGAGAGAGCGAGACUUGGAACAACUGCGGAGCGUUUUAUUCAGCAACGAGGAAACCAUUAAUAGUCUGGACAAUCUGGUGAAGGCCAAAGACCUGGAGCUAGAGCAGAUCUCGGUGGCUUAUAAAAACCUGCAGUGGCUGAAGCAGGAAUCAGAGGAGAAGCACAGACACUCCCUUAAUGAGAGACAGAACAUUGUGCAGCAGCUGCAGAGCUCUCUACAGGAUCGGAACCAAGAGGUUGAGACAUUGACCGCGUGCUUGAUGAAGCGUUCUGACCUCGGGGCUGGAGAGCUGGUGGAAGAGUUGCACAUCUGUCUACAGAGGAAGGAGGAACUACUGCAGAAGGCUCUUAAUGCCACCACCCAGCAAGCAGAUCAGCACCUGAAGGAGACCCAGGAGCUCCUGAAUACUAUUGCAUCAGAAAAGAUGGAUCAGGCGAUGAUUUGUAGAAACUGCAAAUUAAAGGAUCAGCAGGUUUCCAGGAUGGAACAUUCUCAGGAGCACUCCACCGAGUUGACUGGUGCUCCCUCCACUCCUAUGGCUGUCACUUCAGAGUACGACACUAUUAAAACAGCCGGUGAAGAUAAAACUGAAACCCUUAAAAAUGAUCUCGCAAAAGCAAAGGAUGAUCUUCAUCUUGUUCUACGGAAGGAGAGAGAGGGCCAGCUUGAACUGUCAGCUCUGCAGUCCAUCAUCCAGAAGCAAAUGGAUGAGUUGCAAGAACAGGCAGCAGACAUGGAUUCGUUGAGCAGAGGCCUUCAGAUAAAAGAGGAUCUAAUAAAGGAUCUGCAGAUGCAGUUGGUUGACCCAGAAGAGAUGUCUACCGUAGAGAGACUCACCCAGCAGCUCCUCACACUGAAGGAGAAGAUGGCUUCAGAUGAGAAUAGCGGGGAUUGUUCCUACAAGCUCACUAAGGUGUUGGAUGGAUUUCCUGCAGCCGGGAGCAGUCUAAAUCAAGUACUGCAAAUCGAGAGACAGCUAUUUAGCAAACUGAUCCAGUAUCAUGCGGAAUCUGACCGUCACAGUUCCGAGCUCCAGGCCGAGCUGCAGACGGCACAGGUUCUCCGGAGUCAGCUGGAAGACACCCUGACCAAAGCAGCAGAACGACUGGCCCAGUCGAAUUCGGAGAGCGGGGCGUCAGCUUGCAGCUUUGGAGGUUUAUUUGUGGAUGAGGAUGGUGACGAUGCCAGUUCUCAGUUCACUGAUAGUAUUGAAGAUGAAGCAGAUGCUUGUGAUAAUUUUGCCACUGCAGUUAAACAGGAGGAAAAAACGAAAUCUGUUGAGAAUACUGUGAGUGAGAAGUACUUUAAACCAGAGUUUCUCCAGGUAGAAAAUGAGGUCCACCAAGUUACGGAAGAGACCCGCAAGACAGAAGAGGACCUCGAUUACCUUAAAGCCAAGCUGGAGAAAACUGGAAUAUUUUCAGCUGCUGAAAUCAGAACCUUAAUAGAAAAGGUAUGUCUAGAAAAGGAUAAUUUGAAGGUGGAAAAGGCAAGUGCAAUGUUGGAACAAUGUGAGGUUGAAAACAUGGAGGAGAGUGUAGGAGGGUCAGUCGCAGAAGGUUUGAAGAUGGAGAUAAGCCAGCUCCAAGAGAAGCUGAAGCAAGCUGAGACUGUGAUCAAACAUCUAAAGGUUCACCUUGAACUCAAUUCUCCAGACAGAGAUGGAGCGUUCAACCCAGACCUGAUCGUCAGUAUGGCCAAGGAAAUCGAACGUCUGAAGAUGGAGUCCUCUUCAACCACAAUGAAACGCUCUGCCUUAGCAGAAAGUCCAGGAAAUCAAAUGUCAAAGAGACGAUGCAGUAGAUUGUCUGUCCGUCCAGGAGAUUUUAAAAAGGCCAGCAGUGGGCAGGAUUCAGUGUUAGUAGUAAUGGGCGACGAUCGGCCCGACGCAGGUCCUGGUAAUGUACAGGGCACAUUGGAGAAACAAGCACUGAAGCUAAAGUGUGAACUGGUAAACACCAUGCGGCAAAACGAGGAGCUACAGGAAAAACUAGUGGCUACCGAAGCUACUGUCCAUGCUCAGACAGACCAGCUGGAGCAGUACAGGCUCCUCCUAGAUGAAUCAGUUGUGGAGCAUGACAGCAAGCAGGUGCAAGUCGAUCUACAAGACCUUGGCUACGAGACUUGCGGAAGGAGUGAGACUGAAGUGGACAGGGAAGAAACCACUAGCCCAGAAUAUGACGAGCAGGAUGAUCUCUUCAGUGAAGUAAGUCUCAUGGAAGAGUUAGUCUCUCCAGAUAAAUGUUGGUCAGAUGUGGCUACAAGUUCACCUUUGAAAACCAAGAGCUGCUUGCAGAAUGACUGGACCAUGGACUGGGAAAAGUCAGAAGACAUAAUUGUUCUCCAGCAACAUGUGAAAGACCUCAAAGCACAGUUACGAAAAUCACAAAAAGUAAUCAGAGGCCUGCAAAGUCGAGCACGGUCAUAUUCUGCUUCCAGCACUUGUGCUUCCACUAAUCACCGCCUGAAACAUAGUGUCUCCUUCGAGGGUUCACCUUCACAUGGGAUCACAGAUGAAGAUGAGCACUGGCAGCCAGGCACAGUUGGGGCUCACUCUACCAAAGACUUGGAUCAUCUCCUCCAAAGAGUGUCCAUGUUGGAGGCACAACUUCAACAACCAAAGAGCAGCUGUGGUGUGGAAAGUCAGAUACGAUCAGCUACAUGGCCAGGAAAAUAUGAUUCACUGAUCCAGGCUCAAGCCAGAGAGCUUUCACUACUGCGCCAGAAGCUUCGAGAAGGGCGAAGAGUUGGUCACAUUCUCAGCCAACAUCUUGGUGACAUUAUUAAAUCCUUUGAAGAGCUUCUGCGGGCAAAUGACAUUGAUUAUUAUAUGGGUCAGGGCUUCCGAGAGCAACUGGCCCAAGGGAGACACUUAGCAGAGAGACUGUACAGUAAACUUAACAGUAAGGAACGUUUGGAGACGGAUGAUAAAUCUAGUCACGAAUUGCUGGCCAUCAGGCUGAGCAAAGAGCUCCAACAGAAGGAUAAAAUAAUAGCAUCUCUCCAGUCCAAGCUGGAGGUUCGCUCUGUCACUCCAUCGAGCAGUCGCGCUUUAUCUGACUCUGACCUGUCAGACAGAACAUCCUUGGUGUCAGAUGACCAGCUCUCUACCAAUCAGGACUUGUAUGCUUGCUCAGAGGCGGCCACAACUAGUGAAUACACCCAGGAGGAUCACAAAGAUGCCAUUCAUGUGGGUAAUCGGGUUUCUCUUCCAUCAAAAUCAUCACUUUCCAUCACGUGUGAUGGUCAGCCUACACUUAACCACCAUGUCAAUCAACCACAGCUUCAUUUUGAGGACACUGAGAAAGCUUUGCAAGGACUCAAUUUUAACUUUCCACCCACCCAUCUACCUACCACCCUCCCAACCAAUUCUCAACUCCUGCCCUUUGGUGGUCAUCCUUCCAUCCAUGAUCCAACCGUUUUCUCCAUCGCAGAUGUGCAGCAAGAGCUCCAUACAUUGCAGAAGCAGCUGGCAGAAAGUAUGCCACUAUCCUCUCCAGUGGUCAAAUCAACAAAUACUUCAAACAGUUUCUAUGACACUCCUACCUCCUCCACCUUCCCUUCUUCUUUUCCCCAAAACUUGUACAAUGGAUCCAACCCAUCAGCACUACAGAUUGACUCCGGCUUCAAGACUGACACCGCGUACCCAGGCAGCAGUGCAUUGUGGGAUGUGUCACAUAUAGUCCGACCAACAAAUAUAAGUGCUCAUGGAGACACAUCUUCUGGAUCAUCGGGAUAUCAAUCUGCUAGCAAACUCACAGGUUCAGAUCUGCUGGAAGAACAUCUCUUUGAAAUCCAAAAUCUUCGCAAGCGCCUGGAAGAAUCCAUCCACAGCAACGACCGUCUGAGAGAGCAGUUAGAAGAAAGAUUAAAAUCGGUGACAAAAGAGAGUGGCUCCCCCACUAAUAUUUACAUCCAGGGACUGGAGUCAUUACCUCAACUCUCCAAUGAGAAUAGAUCACUCAGGGAAGAGAAACUCAGCCUGCUUGUCCGAAUUAGCCAGAUAACCCAAGAUUACAACGCUGAAAUGGAAAAGCUGAAAGAUCUACUACGUGUCUCCAAAGCACAGUUGAGAAGCUCGGAAGCCGAUCUUGAGGAGAAGAAGUCCGAAAGUACGAAAUUUCAAGAAGAACUGGAGGAAAAAAAGCAAGAAAUUCUCCAGCUUCAAAAAGAACGUCUGUCAAAUCAGGAGAAAAAUAACAGAUUGCAGCAUCAAGCGACUUUACUGGAACAGCAGCUAAAUGAGAAUUGUCAGCUCCUCGGCACACUCCAGGCUGAACUGCAGGUGUACGAACGCCUCUGCGCGUCUUCCAGGUUAAUGAUGCCAGACAUGAAAUGCUAUCCAUCAUCUAUGGACAUUAAUGAAGAUCAGCUGGAGGGGGAGGCUCACGAUGGUUCGUUUGCCAGUAGAAAUGGUCGUCAUGUCAUUGGCCACAUUGAUGACUUCAGUGCUUUGAAGCAGCAGUUACUAGAUGGUCAUAUAUUAAUGAAGAAAAUCCAAGCUCUCAUGCAGUCUUCCCUUAACAAACCCUUCUUAGACAUCCACGGAACAAAGGCGCGAGAGUAUGGAAGUAUCACAAAGCUUUUUUCUACUACAAACACCUUGCAAAAAAUUCUGGAGGAAUGUGGCUCCCUGAUCAGCAUGUUUUGGAGAGCGGCUCUGCCCAACAUGCCGAAUGCUGCUCAGCAAAAAAAGGAGGAGCAGGCCUUGAAAGAUGAGAUUUGCCAGCUGAGAGCCAAGCUGAAAGAGCAGGAGAAAGGGCUUCAAGAAAUGGUGGAUCGUCUGAAAAGUACAAAUCGUGCAAAAGAAAGCAUGGAGCACUUCAUUGUCAGCCAACUUAACAGAACGCAUGAUGUCCUCAAAAAGGCAAGAUCGAAUCUGGAGCCUCUUCAGAAGAAUAGUCCCAAGAUUUCUUCUGGAAAGUCUCAUUUUCCAGUCACCAAAGUUCAACUCCAACAUCGGACAUCGAACGUUUGCCACCAUCUGACCCCCGUCUUCCAGGAACCUUCUCAAAAGAAGACCCAGUUUAAACCAUUGAAGAGGCAAGAGGACUGGGUGUAUCACAAAUAAACGGACACCAUGGAAUAUUGAAAUGGCAGUAACACUGCUAAAAUGGAAGUAGAAUUACUAUCUGUCUGACAAUCAAAGAAAUUAUAUUAUAGGCAUUUUAAAUUUCGUAUGUUUUCUAUGAAAAUCUCCUUAUUCCAUUCAAACAAAGAUUAAAAUCUACAAUCUAUACCUGUAAACAAUUUCUCAGUGGGCACUACACAAUUUACUAUGACAUACAUAUCUGUAUUUCAGCUUUGUAUUAAGGAAAUUCUUUUUAACGUCGAAUUAUUUUUGAAACCGUGCUCAUACAAGCAGCGUAACCAUAACAACAUGUGAAUAAGACACGUGGUAAUUUAUUCAGGAGAUGUCCAUGGGAUUUGUGAUAUCUCUAAAAACUUCAUGGUCAAAGUAUAAUUUACAUUUAUCGUCAGCCAGAUAGUAAAAUAACGUAUCUAGUGUUUACCUGUGUUUUCUCUUUGCUGUGAAUCGAUGCCAGCAGAUUGCUGUACUAAUCACUUGAGUGCAUUGGAUGAGUUUGUUUUAGUCUUCCUAAAGGUGGAUGAAUUAUCAAAAAAGUUGGCAUUAUGUUUAGAUAGAGGAUCGCCGGCAAUGGACUCUGCUUGCAAUUUCUUUAUCUAAUUCUGGCAAUUGAUCUCAACACAAACUGUAUUACAUGUUAGCCUUCACUAUAACAUGGCAUCUGCUUCAUAUAAAUUGGCAUAUUGGCCUCGAUUUAAUAAGCUUUCCAACUGAUUCAAUACGGUUUGAAAAACUUAAAAAAAUGUAUCAACCAAAAAAUCCCACAGGCUUUAAUGGUGACUUCUACAGAUAAGGCAUUUGAGAGGUUUUCUAACAGUAUUAAACCAAGUCCUGACUACAAGGUACGCAUGUCACUCACCAAGUAGCAGAUACAAAUAAGUGAUUUUAAAUAUCGUAUUUCAGUGAUGCUCUCUUUAGAAAACAUUCUUAAAAUACAAUCAUCCCCCAAAGUGCACGGUAUCCAAUAAAAACAGCCUCUCUGAUUAGCCAAUCACUAUUCAGACAUACACUUGCCAAUAUAAUAGGCGUUCAUCACAAAUGAACACCAGGAAUUACUGCUCUAGACAUGGUAAUUGUACACCUUCCCUCAAAGCACAUUCGAGUAGAUUCCUUUUUCGGCUUCUCAGACUGUGCAGCUUUCAGUGGGUAUUGUGGCAUAGCAAUUAUGGGAACGUUAGAUGGAUAUUACGUAUCUAACACAGUUGAGAAAUGUUUCUCUUGGAAAUCAUCUUACAUAAACGAAUGAGGGUAAAGAAAUCUGGGAAACUUUGCUACCUGACACUUCGUGAUCUGUAUAAAUAUAAGGAAAAUGGAUGUUCUAUGUGUAUAAUCAAAAACAUCAUUCAUUUUUUGUGUUUCAUAGCUAGUUGCUACUGUCUUUGCAACCCUCGAAGUCCACCAGUAUAACUCUACAAGUCAAUGUCUAGGGAGCAAAUUCCAUUCAUUCACCCCUAACGUGAGUGGACUAAAAGGAGGAUUUGGAUGGUUUCUUCAAAGUCCUGUAACAUGUAGGAUAACAACAAGAUGGUACUGUUUGUAAUUGUUUAUUUACUUAACUGGAAGGUCAGUUUUCUCUUUAAACAUCCCCAAAGCGCUAACACUCUAUGAUAAUACAUUGUAUAGAUCAACGCUCACCUCUGCUCAGUUACAUUUGUAAAUAUUUGUAAACAGUUUGACAUUUUUUGGUUUGUGUUGGAGCUUUUAAUGGUUAUAAAACCUGAAAGAUAUAAUAACGCAUUAUUUAAUAUAUGUUUAAACAGUGUUGUUGUGUGCCAUAUUUUAUUUUCAGGGUGUACAGUACCUUUUUAUAGCAAGCUUGAUUUUUUUUAAUUUAUAGUGUUAUAUCGCCCCAACUAAAACCUGAUUGUCCAUGUAGAAAUUUACAGAAAUUCAUAUUAUUAAAAAUGAAAUAUGACGAAACUCUAAAACAUGUAUAUGCCUCAAAUGCCAUGGAUGUUGAAAAAAUUGCAGUUUAAAAGCCUGAUCCCAAAUAAUAAAAAUGAAACACUGAAA